AGAGGAGCCGCGCACCUCCGUUUCUUCUUCCCAUGGAGCACCGCGUCCUGCAGACUUGACUAUCAUAGAAACCAAUUUGAAUAAUCAAUCGUAGUAUGGGUAAGAGAGAGAAAACAACUGCCAUCAUGCUCCGCGCUCAUACCAUCCAUUGCGGAGGGAGGAGCUCAUUGCUCACAGAGAGCUGAGUGUUGGAUAAUCUCGAGAAAACAAACGACCAUGCCGCGGCUAGAGGUCAAGUCCAAUGUGGAAAACGCAAAUGACGACAAGGAACUGUUGGAGUUGUGGCAACUGCGCGAAAUGUCGCCCUUGCACACCUUGGUCAUUUCCGGAGCACCGUUGGAAAUGAUUCGUCUCGUCUUGAACGCUGAUCCAAAAGCCAUGAAUGAAGACAUCUUUCGAGAUGCCUGUCGGUGGACGGCCAAACCCGAGGUCAUUGACUUUCUCAAGAAACAAGUAGAACCCAGUAUGAAACUCCAACAAAAUCCCAAAGCCAUGGCGGCACUCAUGUUUGAGUUGUUUGAAAAACCGUGGGGGCGACAAAAGCAAUACCAGGAGUCCUUUCGAGUUUUGUUUACGCGAUUCCCCGAAGCCCUGCUGUGGUCACGACCAUCGGAUGGAUAUUCCCCCUUUCGCUGUGCCCUCGAGGAACCUCGACUCGCCGAUGAAACCAAAUGCCUCAUGAUUGCCUAUCUCCCCGUCACCACCACGGCCAUUAGCAUUCCCGACAACUCGUUCAACUUGAGGUCUGCCGUAGUGUCCAAGCUACAGGAAAUGAAGAACCUUCGGCAUUUGUCCAUUUGCUCACAGGAUGAAGCGAGUAGUGAAUUGGUGGAAGCCAUUGGCGCCAAACUAGCGACCGGACAGCUCGAGUCACUCACCAUUCAGUUGGAAGAUGCCAAGUCGCAAUCCUAUCUGAUGCCUAUUUUUGAUUGCAUGGAAGAAGCUGGAAAUAGAACGGCCCUGGAAAAGUUGAAUAUCUUGAUCGACAUGGACUUUGCAUUGCUGUACCAAGAUCGAAUGCUGGAAAUAUUGCAGUGGAAUACCACGCUCAAAGUGGCACGCAUUGGGUGGCAAGUCAAAAUGGCAUGGGAUGAGGGAUACACUCUUCCCACAAGGAACAAACAGGAAAUGAUCAACUACUACACGGCACUCAACUAUGGCAGAGAUCUGUUGCACGAUCCACAAGAGGCAAUGAUGAACCUGAUGGAUAUGAUGAUUGAGGUGGCGGAUGUCCGAGUCCCGCAAAGGCCGGACUUUGAUUUUAGUUGUGGCGACUCUCUUUGUGCGACCAAGGCAACCAGGGGAUAAAACAAAAAAGUGGAGUGAGGUUGUUUGUGCGUGGAACGAACAUGCCAAAGUCUCCACGCAACAGCAUCUUCCCGGAGCCCACAUACUUACUUGCUGUGCGUGGAUUGAUUGCUGUUCAUGGGGAACUAUCUGUUCACUUGGAUGUCCUUGUUUGUUUGUUUGUUAGUUCGGUGGGGCUCGAUCUCUCUUUAUGAUAUCUUUCAUAUGGAAGCAUCAAAUCGCAUGCCUCGGAGGAGUCAGUUGGAUGGAUGCUUGCAAGCAAAACCGUUAGUUUAGGCAUAGAUGUAAUGGUGGAUUACUCGUGUGCGUUCUCUGCGUAGAUCAGGAGGCCCCGCAGUGAAGGCUUAACGUGCUCUAUGUCAUUGCUAUAGUACCGUUAGUAUCCCGUGGCAAAACUUUAUCCUGCUAGUGCUACUAGCUAGAUAGCUC